AUGCGUUGGUUACUUUUAUUGUCAGAAUUAAAUCCUAUUGCAAAGCAAUGUGGAGAUUUAUUAGAAGUAGCUGGACAAACAGUUAUAUAUAAUUAUCAUCAAGGUAAAUCAUCAGUUCAAGAUAUAAAAGAUAAAAUUACUAAUGAAAAACCUGAUCGGAUUAUUGUGAUAAUUAAUGAUACAAAUUCUUCAAUACUUGUUAAUACAAUUAGUGAUCAUCUUUUAAUUCCUCUAUAUGUUGCUCAAGCUACAAUUAAUUCUUAUUCUCCAAUUCCUGUUCUUGUAUUAACAUGUACAACAAAUGAUAAUAAUUUAAAUAUUAUUCAAAAUGCCACUGAUCAAUUACUUAAUAUUCAUCCAAAUAUUGUUAAUGCAAGACUUUUAACACCAAUAAGUAAUGAUAAUAUUAAUGAAAAAUAUUUCCAAACAUUAUGGGAAUCAAAUCCAGAUGAAUAUCAUUAUAUAACAAUUCUUUCUGAUAUAUUACCUAUUUUAUUAGCAUUAAUACAUGAUGGUAAAGUAAAUGGUCAUAUAGAUGUUUGUAAUAAAGGUAAAAUAUCAUUAAAAGAUUUUGAGAAAAAUAAUUCGAAUGAAUUAAAAUCACAAACAAAUAUUUCACAAAUAAUUGAAACAGAAGAUAUUACUGAUAAAUUUGAAAAAUGGACUAAACAAAUGAUUUCACCUGAAACACGACAACUUUAUCAAGCAUCAUUUAUCUUACCAAAUGUUUUAAAAAGUAUUGAACAAAUUAUACAAGAAGAAUCAAUUACUAUUGAUGCAAAUGCAUCUAAAAUUUUACUUGUUACUGGUGGUUGUGGAUUUAUUGGAAGUACAUUUAUUAAUUAUUGGCUUGAAACAUAUCCAAAUGAUCAUAUUAUUAAUAUUGAUCGACUUGAUCCAGUUGCUAAUACAAAAAAUAUUUUACAACCAAAUUCACCCAAUUAUUCAUUCAUUGUCGCAGAUAUUGGCAAUAAAGAUAUUGUUUUACAUCUUUGUAGACAAUAUAAUAUUACACAUAUUGCCCAUUUUGCAAUUCAAGCUCAUAUUGAUAGUUCAUUUGGUAAUAGUAUUACAUUUACUGAAUCAAAUGUUUAUGGAACACAUUCUGUUCUUGAAGCUAGUCGUAUAUAUGGUAAAAUACAAAAAUUUAUUCAUAUUAGUACUGAUGAAGUUUAUGGUGAAACACCUGCCGGCAGUAAUCAAGAAUUUUGUCUUCUUAAUCCACUUAAUCCAUAUGCAGCAACAGUUGCAGCAGCUGAAUUUCUUGUUAAAUCCUAUGGUGAAAGUUUUAAAUUACCAUAUUGUAUAAUUCGUUUAUGUAAUGUCUAUGGUCCACGACAACAUAUUGAAAAAGUUAUUCCAACAUUUAUUACUAAUGUUUUACAAGGUGAAAAAUUAAAAAUUCAUGAUGAUGGUAAACAAAUACGUCAUUAUCUUUAUGUUGAUGAUGUUAUAAAUGCUGUUGAUAUUAUUUUAAAUAAAGGAAAACCUAAAAUGAUUUAUAAUAUUGGAACAUCAAAUGAAUUAAAUGUUCUUGAUAUAGCGAAAUAUAUUUUAGAAAAAUUACAUUCAAAUCAACAACUUGAUGAUAUUACUUCAUAUGUUAAAGCUCGAUCAUUUACAGAAAAAAGAUAUUGUACAACAACAAGUGGAUUAAUUAAAUCACUUGGUUGGAAAGAACAAGUUACAUUUGAUCAAGGAUUAGAAAAAACUAUUCAAUGGUUAAAAUCAAAUCCUGAUUAUUGGACAAAAUAA